AUGGCCUCAGAGGACAACAUGCCAGGCCCUGUCUGCCUCAUUGAGAAUAUGGAAGGGCAAAUGAGCACCAACCAGGAAGCCCUAAGCAUCCUGUCUGCUAUCCAGCAGCCAGUGGUGGUGGUGGCCAUUGUGGGCCUCUACCGCACAGGCAAAUCCUACCUGAUGAACAAGCUGGCUGGGAAGAACACAGGCUUCUCCCUGGGCUCCACUGUGCAGUCUCAAACCAAGGGCCUCUGGAUGUGGUGUAUGCCUCAUCCCCAGAAACCUGGCCACACCCUAGUUCUGCUUGAUACGGAGGGCCUGGGAGAUGUGGAGAAAGGUGACAACCAGAAUGACUGCUGGAUCUUUGCCCUGGCUAUCCUUCUAAGCAGUACCUUUGUCUACAACAGCAUGGGAGUCAUCAACCAGCAGGCCAUGGACCAGCUGCACUAUGUGACAGAGCUGACAGACAGAAUCAGAACAAGAUGUUCUCCUAACCAUCAGGAGUUGGAGGACUCGGAUGAAUAUGUGAGCUUCUUUCCAGACUUUGUGUGGGCUCUGAGAGACUUCUCUCUUGAGCUGAAAAUAAAUGGGCAAGCUAUCUCAGCAGAUGAAUACCUAGAGAAUUCCCUGAGACUUCUUCAAGGUACUGGUCAAAAUGAAAAACAAAUUGAUUUAAACCUGCCUCGGAUCUGUAUCCGUAAGUUCUUCCCAACGAAGAAAUGCUUUGUCUUUGAGCGCCCAGCACCAGGGAAGAAGCUUGGGCAGCUGGAAUCGAUGCAGGAUCAAGACCUGGACUCUGACUUCGUGGAACAAGUGGCAGAGUUCUGUUCUUAUGUGUUCAGGUCUUCCAAGGUGAAAACGAUUUCAGGAGGCCUCAAGGUCAAUGGACCACGACUGAGCAGUUUGGUGACAACAUAUGUGAACUCCAUCAUCAAUGGGUCUCUCCCCUGCGUGGAGAAUGCUGUCCUGGUUUUGGCAGAAACAGAGAACUCAGCUGCACUGCAAAAGGCCAUUGACCACUAUGACCAGCAGAUGAGCCAGAGGGUGCAGCUGCCCACAGAGACGCUCCAGGAGCUGCUGGACCUGCACAGGACCUGUGAGAAAGAAGCCAUCAAGAUCUUCAUGGAAAUUUCCUUCAAAGAUGUUAAUCAAGUGUUCCUAACAAAAUUAGAGAUGGAAUUAGAAAGAAAGCGAAGGGAAUUCUGUAAGAAGAAUCAAGAGGUGUCCUCAGAUCACUGUUUGUCUCUGCUUCGGGAUAUUUUCAGCAGACUAGAAGAAGAUGUAAAGCAGGGUGUUUAUCACAAACCAAGGGGUUACAGUCUUUUUAACCAGAAGAUACAGGAGUUGAAGAAAAAGUACUAUGAAGAACCUGGGAAGGGGGUUCAGGCUGAAGAAGCUCUCAAGGAAUUCUUGCAGACAAAGGAGGGUAUAACAGAUGCAAUUCUACAGGCUGACCAGAGUCUGACAGAAAAAGAAAGGGCGAUUGAAGUGGAACGUGUGAAAAUUGAAGCUGCAGAGCGUGCCUCAAAACUGCUGGAGGAAAUGCGGCAGAAGAAUGAGCAGUUGAUGGAACAGAAAGAGCAGAUUUACCAGGAGCGCAUGAAACAGCUGAGUGAGAAGAUGGAAAGGGAACAGGAGCAGCUGAAGGAGGAGCAAAGGAAAGCCAUGGAGCACAAAAUUUUGGAAGAGAAGAAAAUAAAGGAGGAGUGUGAAAGACUUCAAAUAGAGAAUGAGGAUCUCCGGGAAAAAGCAAGUCACAAAUGUGUCAUAAGCUAA